GAAAAAAUACUAAAUAGUGUGUUUUAUAAGGUCGAACACUCGUACACCUUCGCCGACGCCAAUCGUCGUUCGACGAUAGCGCAACGCGGAAGCCCGGAUAGUUAGUCAGGUGCCCACUCUUUUCAUGACGCACACACAUCAAUUCGUGAAUCGUGAGCCGUCUCGCAGAGUAUAGGUACCUACUAAAGUACUAAGCAGUCACUACACGCACGUCGCAGACCGCGGUCGGUGUUUUUUGUACGUUUCAUAUCAUAAAAAAAUUAUAUCUAAAUAAUAAAUUCGUCCGCGGUCGGUGAUAGUAGUCAGCAAGUGUGUAUUUCUAUCUCUGUUCAACUGGUUUAUCUGGCAUCGACGACGUAUCACUCAUACAGUGCAUCAGUUUGUGUUCAGGCAUGAACGUUCAAUGAUCAUCGUUAUAUACGUGUGAGUAGAUAAAAUAACAAAUAUGGGUCUUAAAGGCUGCAUGAAACGGAGUGUUGUAUUUUAGAUCUUUCAAUAUCAAACUACUUUAUUAUAGCUUCAUUGUGCUGUGAAAAAUACAUAUAUUUCAAUAAUGGCACCAUGCAUGUGUUUUUCAUUUAUGAAACCUGUGAUGAUAUUCUUGUUAAUUUGUGUUUUCGCGACAUGCUGCAUAACAUCAAGUUUCUUUGCAAUAAUAUUAUUUCUCAUAUUCAUAGUGAUACCAAUUGUUUUUCGAUAUUCCCCAUCACUUCAAAGAGGAAUGAUAUUCUUAAAUUAUGUUCGUAUGCCAUCUGCUGUUAAUUAUAGUCAUCCUGAAAAGUAUGGUAUCAGAGGAACUAGAAAUUUCUAUAUAAAAACAGAAGACAAUAUGACAUUAGGUGUAUGGCAUGUUUUACCACGUAAUUUGUUGGAUAAAUACGAAAAUGAUUAUUCAGCUUAUGAACAACUUUUAAGUCAUGGUGAACCAAUCGUAAUAUAUAUGCAUGGUAACUCAGGUACUCGGGCAAACGAACAUCGGGUUGAGUUGUACCAUGUGCUUCAAAAUAUCGACUGCCAUGUAAUAGCAGUAGAUUAUAGAAGUUAUGCUGAUUCUACUGAUGUCGAAGUCAGUGAGCUUGGUGUAGUUACAGAUGCAAUGGAAAUGUUUAGAUGGACGCAUAAACGUGCUAACGGCACCCCGAUCUUUGGUUGGGGUCAUUCUUUGGGAACUGGAAUCGGAGCACAUGCAUAUUCACUGCUGGAAAAAGAAGGUCUUUAUCCAAAUGGCCUCAUACUAGAAGCUCCAUUUACCAAAAUGAGUGACGAAAUACGCGAAUAUCCACUUACCAAGAUUCAUCGACUAUUGCCUUGGUUUGAGUUUUUCAUCAUUGACCCGGUUGAGAAAAAUAAUAUCAUUUUUGAUACAGAAACAAAUUUGAUGGAUACUAAAAUGCCAAUAUUGAUUUUACAUGCACGUGAUGAUAUUGUAAUACCUUACGAACUAGGUGAAAAGUUGUACAAACAUCUAUUGGAAACAAGAAAAAAUGUUACUACUGAAAUAGUGUUGUAUGAGAAACAUUACAAGUAUGGACAUAAGCAUAUAUGUAAAGAUAAAGAAUUAGGAAAUCGGACUAGGAAAUUUAUCAGUGAAUCUAUAAAACAUUUAUAUGAGUAAAUGUUUGUAUUCUUUUAUCCGUCGUUAAUCUAAGCGUAUAUAGUGCAUGCAGAUAAUAUAAAUUGGUUAUUGUUUAUAUUUAGCUCAAUUUUUGUUGUUGUAUGAUUGUAUCUAAAUUUUUCUUGAUAUUUUCAUUAUGAAAGUGAUACUACUUAUUAGUGCAGUAAUAAUUUAAUAAAAAUUAAUGAUUUUGUAACUGUGACAAAUAUUCUGUUGGUCUUUAUUGUAAACUUAUUAUGAUUAUAAUUUUAUAUUAUUACUUU